ACCCAUUCUUCGUUUUCCAGAAGUCACCAUGGAUCCAAUGGAUCCAACGCACCUCUGACCUACGGAGUCUCCGCCUCCGUGGUUAGAAUCAGCCUUCCAGGUCAAAAGGGCCAUUUCUGCUUGAAUUCACAUUUAUCGUUUCAUCUCGGGGCUUUUUUUGGAUCAACCGAUUGAAUUUGACGGCGUCUGGAGCAGUUCUGAGUGUCGAGGGUCGGAGAAGAUGAGGAGGGUUUUUGGCGCGAAGAAGAACCAGGAACCCCCUCCUACCAUCCAGGAUGCCACCGAGAGGAUAAAUAAAAGAGGGGAUACAGUUGAUGAAAAAAUAAAAAAGCUCGACUCUGAGUUGGCUAGAUAUAAAGAGCAAAUUAAGAAAACCAGACCAGGUCCUGCUCAAGAAGCACUUAAAGCUCGUGCAAUGAGGGUACUUAAGCAGAGGCGGAUGUAUGAAGGACAGCGAGAUAUGCUAUAUAACCAGACCUAUAAUCUUGAUCAAGUUUCAUUUGCUGCUGAUGGACUCAAAGAUGCUCAGCAAACUAUGACUGCACUGAAAACUGCUAAUAAGGAGCUGAAAGGAAUGAUGAAGACCGUUAAAAUUCAGGACAUAGAUAGUAUGCAAGAUGAGAUGAUGGAACUGAUGGACGUUAGCACAGAGAUACAAGAAUCUCUUGGCAGAAGUUAUAAUGUUCCUGAUGAUAUUGAUGAGGAAGAACUCAUGGGGGAACUGGAUGCUUUGGAAGCUGACAUGGGAGCAGAAUCUGAAUCUUCAAUUCCUACUUACCUUCAACCAGAUAAGGAACCUGAUCUUGAUGCAGAACUCAACUUACCUGCAGCACCAAUGGGGCAUGUGCCUGGCCGGCAGAAUGCUCAGCAGGCAGAGGAUGAGCUUGGUUUGCCUUCAGUUCCCAGAGCCUCUCUGCGAGGCUGAAACUGAUAUCUUCAGGGGACAGACUUAUUAUAUUGGAUUGGAUGUGUUUAUAUCAUAUUAAAAUGUAUCUUUUGUAAUGUUGCUUUGCCCUAACAAGUUCUUAGAUUUUAGGUUCUCUUUGUGAAUUCUCAUAAUUCUUUGGUGAUCAUUUGCUGGAAAUAUUUUGCUUUGCUU